AUGUCUCUUUUUUUGCAGAAAAAGAAAGCAAUCGUAGUAUCGGCGCGUGUGCAUCCGAGCGAAACACCAGCCUCAUGGAUGAUGAAGGGACUAAUGGAUUUCAUCACCGGCGAUACUUUGGCCGCCAAAAGACUACGUCAUCGCUUCAUUUUCAAGCUAAUACCAAUGCUCAAUCCGGAUGGUGUAAUUGUGGGGAAUACGCGCAACUCGUUGACGGGCAAAGAUCUAAAUCGGCAAUAUCGCACCGUUAUACGCGAAACGUAUCCAUCCAUUUGGUAUACAAAAGCCAUGGUUAAAAGACUGAUUGAUGAAUAUAAAGUUGUCUUGUACUGUGAUAUGCACGCCCAUUCGCGCAAGCACAACAUUUUCGUUUAUGGCUGUGAGAAUAAACGUAAUCCCGAAAAGAAGCUCACGGAACAGGUCUUUCCGUUAAUGCUGCACAAGAAUGUCGCUGAUAAGUUUUCCUUUGAAAGUUGUAAAUUUAAGGUGCAACGCAGUAAAGAGGGUACCGGCCGCAUUGUGGUCUGGAUGCUGGGCAUCACAAACAGUUACACAAUUGAGGCAUCAUUCGGCGGCUCAUCGUUGGGCUCACGCAAGGGUACUCACUUUAGUACGGCG